UGAAAAUCAGUUGACAUUUGUCAUUUAUUGUGGUCAAAAUAUGAAGGCAACCGUUAUAUUUUUCGUGGUAAUUUGCGUGUUUGGGCGCUACGCCAGUGCGGAUGAUGCAAGUGUGGAUUGCACUAAACAUCCACGUCAUGUUCCUCCGCACAUGUGCUGUCCCGUGCCUGAUCUAAGCACUGACGAGCUAAUGAAGCAAUGUGAUCAAUACGCCGGACCACCACCAAUACCUCCACGUGGGGCCCCACCAAGGCAGCCACAUCCGCAUCCACACGGACCACAUCCAAAUCCUUGUCUUAUUGAAUGCAUCUUCAAUAAAACCGAAGUCAUGGAAGAGAGCGGUGAACUCAACCAGGAUAAAUUUAAGGAACUGCUCGCCACAGCCGUGAAGGACAAUGAGGAGAUGGCGGCUAUUAUGGAGGAAUCAUUCCAGACUUGCAUUGAAAAAGCCACUGAGAUGAAGACAAAAGUUGCCGACAAAAUUAGCAAAGAUCCGGAAUUUGCUGAAAAAGUGGCAAAUCAUAGACUCCAUUCGCCCUGCUCACCCUUCAGCGCUAUGCUAAUGGGUUGUAUCAAAAUGGAGACAUUCCAAAAUUGCCCGACAUCUGCAUGGAAUGAUACUGAAGAAUGUAAUACCAUGCGCAGCUUUAUGAAGCAGUGCAAAAGAGAUCGACCAACAGAGUGAACUUACUUAACGUAUGUUAGCUUGGACUCUUCCAAUUUUAAUUUAAAAAAUUUGUUGGUUCAAUAAAAAAAAUUUGGUGAAUAUUAUAAA